AUGAAGUUAUUCACGGUCGCGGCGCUUGUCGCCAGCGCGGGAGCAUUCACAGACCUCCAAACUAACCUCCAGUCCGCCGUCCAAACAGUCCUACAACACAGCGAAUCACGAAAACCAAAUAUCCUCUUCGUCAUCACCGACGAUCAAGACCUCCAGCUGGACUCAAUCAAUUACACACCCCUCAUCUCCAAACACAUCCGCGAUCAAGGCACAUUCUUCACAAACCACUUCGUCACCACAGCGCUAUGCUGUCCGUCGCGCGUAAGCCUCUGGACAGGCCGACAGGCGCACAACACGAACGUCACAGACGUGAAACCGCCAUACGGCGGAUAUCCCAAGUUCGUGGAGCGCGGCUUCAACGAGAACUUCUUACCCCUGUGGCUUCAAGAUGCAGGCUAUGACACCUAUUACACGGGCAAGAUGUUCAAUGCGCAUACCGUGGACAACUACGAUUCCCCUCACAUCAACGGGUUCAACGGGUCUGAUUUCCUCCUCGAUCCAUACACAUACUCGUACCUGAACUCGACAUAUCAGCGCAAUCAUGACGCGCCAGUUAGUCACGAGGGCGAACAUACCCUCGACGUGAUCACACGCAAAGCACUCGGAUUCUUAGACGACGCACUGGAAGGCGACAGGCCAUUUUUCCUAGUUGUCUCACCUGUCGCACCGCACUCGAAUGUGGAACCCGAUUCGAUCGAGGGGGGCAAGAUCUCCAUGGGCUUACCCAUUCCGCUUCAGCGCCACGAGGAUCUAUUCCAGGGUGUGACGGUGCCACGACACGCGAACUUUAAUCCGGACCAGCCGAGUGGAGCCGGUUGGAUUCGGGAUCUGCCGAAGCAGAACCAAACGGUCGUUGAUUAUAAUGAUCUUUUCUACCGUUCCCGUUUGCAGGCUUUGCAGGGUGUUGAUGAGUUGGUUGAUCAGUUGGUUACUCGUCUUGAGGACAGUGGACAGGCUGAUAAUACUUAUAUCAUCUAUACUUCUGAUAAUGGAUUCCAUAUCGGUCAGCACCGUCUGCCACCUGGGAAGACAUGUGGAUUCGAAGAGGAUAUUCGGGUGCCAUUGUUUAUUCGGGGUCCGGGUGUUCCAAAGGGACAUCUUCAGGAUGCGGUGACUACGCAUGUGGAUCUGGCGCCGACGUUCUUCCAUCUGGCUGGGAUCCCGGCUAGGGAUGACUUUGACGGCACUGCGAUUCCCAUCACCCCUGACUUUGAAGGCGAGAGACAUGAACAUGUCACGGUGGAAUACUGGGGCUCUGCCGUUGCUGAAGGCGCAUUCAGUGGAAUUGGUCCCCAAGGCUCAACUCUGAUUCCAAACAACACAUACAAAUCCGUUCGCUUGCUCGGAGAAGGCUACAACCUGUACUACUCAGUUUGGUGCAACAAUGAGCACGAGCUUUACGACCUAUCAACGGAUCCCUACCAAGUGAACAAUCUCUACCGAACCACGGCUCAAGUCAGCGGUGGCCCUAAGAUUCUCGGCCGCAGCAUCACCCACGCCAUCAAUCGACUUGAUGCACUAUUGAUGGUUCUCAAGUCAUGCCAGGGACAGACCUGCAUCCAGCCAUGGGAUGUGCUGCAGCCAGUAGACAAUGUGACCACGCUCCACGAAGCCCUGGUUGAGGAAUAUGAUGGCUUCUACGCCGCGCAACCCCAGGUCUCGUUUGACUGGUGUGCCGAGGGAUACAUUCCCGAAGCAGAAGGGCCUCAGGUUCCUUUGACAAGUCGCUAUGGCGUGUCCUGGGAUGUCUGGGUAUAG